UGCAUACCGGUACAAUGGCGGCGCCUACAGUAGAGAAAGUCCAGGAAGUACGAGAAGUAACAAGAAUUGAGAGAAUUGGAGCACAUUCCCACAUUCGAGGUCUUGGUCUUGAUGAUGCUUUGGAUGCUAGAAAUGUUUCCCAGGGAAUGGUGGGACAGGUGGAGGCUCGUCGAGCAGCAGGAGUCAUUUUGGAGAUGAUCAAGGAAGGAAAGAUUGCUGGACGUGCAUGUCUCAUUGCUGGCCAUCCUGGUACAGGGAAGACAGCUAUAGCCAUGGCUAUGGCUCAGGCUUUGGGAACAGAUACACCUUUCACAAGUAUAGCAGGCAGUGAGAUAUUUUCUCUGGAAAUGAGCAAAACAGAAGCAUUGACACAAGCAUUCAGAAAAUCCAUCGGUGUUCGAAUUAAGGAAGAGACUGAAAUAAUAGAAGGAGAAGUUGUGGAAAUACAAAUAGACCGACCAGCUACAGGAACGGGUGCCAAAGUUGGAAAACUAACACUGAAAACUACAGAAAUGGAAACAAUAUAUGAUCUGGGACAGAAGAUGAUAGAAUCGUUAACAAAAGAAAAAGUACAAGCUGGGGACAUCAUUACAAUAGAUAAAGCCACAGGAAAGAUCACAAAGUUGGGACGAUCCUUUACACGAGCACGAGAUUAUGAUGCCAUGGGAGCUCAGACAAAAUUUGUACAAUGUCCAGAGGGAGAGCUUCAAAAGAGGAAAGAAGUGGUCCAUACAGUCACAUUACAUGAAAUUGAUGUCAUAAACAGUAGGACACAAGGGUUCCUCGCACUUUUCUCAGGUGACACUGGAGAAAUUAAAGGUGAGGUUCGAGAACAGAUCAACAGUAAAGUGGCAGAGUGGCGUGAGGAAGGCAAAGCUGAGAUUGUACCUGGGGUGCUGUUUGUAGACGAGGUUCAUAUGUUAGACAUCGAGUGUUUCUCCUUCCUGAAUAGAGCGUUGGAAGAUGACAUGGCUCCCAUUCUUAUCAUGGCCACUAACAGGGGCAUCACCAGAAUCCGAGGCACAAAUUACCAGAGUCCUCAUGGUAUUCCAAUAGAUAUGCUGGAUAGGUUGCUGAUCAUCGCCACAACUCCCUAUGAAGAAAAAGAGAUCAAACAGAUCCUCAAAAUCAGAUGUGAAGAGGAGGAUGUAGAAAUGACAGAUGAUGCAUUGACAGUAUUGACAAAGAUUGGAAUGGAGACAUCUCUUCGAUAUGCCAUUCAGCUCAUCACAGUCGCCAGUUUAGUGUGUCGCAAGAGGAAGGGAUCUGAGGUGGAUGUAGACGAUAUUAAACGAGUGUAUUCAUUAUUCCUGGACGAGUCACGAUCUACACAGUUCUUAAAGGAAUACCAGCAGGAAUUUAUGUUCCACGAGAUGUCAGCGGCGGAAUCUAUGGAGACAAGCUGAGAGUAGUCGGCCACCAAACCCUCCUUAUUGUGUUGUCUGCUGUUUCAAUCAUUGUACAAAGAAAGGGACUUUCACUCUUACUAUUGAUCAAAUCACAUCAAAAUACACAUUUUAUAAAGCU